AGAUAAAAUGAACAGACCGAUUUAUAUUGUUGAUCCUUACAAAAAUUAGCAAAUUUAGUGCGUCCAAUCAACAGUUACAAUUUUGGAUUUAUGUAGCUAAGAGAAGAGAGAACAUAGAGAGAAAGACAAAACAUUAAUUUCAUCUGACACAUAUGCAACAUGUAUACGAUGUAAAGCCCGGUCCAGAAUAGUUGCAAGCACACCCAGUUGCAAGUUGCGAAAAAUGGCAACUACUAGUUACAAAGUGUUAUUUUUGGGGUCGUAAGGUAGUUGCGGUUGCUAAAAGAGAGUUACCCAAUUUUUAACUUCUUGGCGAUGACAACCGGCGAUCGUAACUAUCUCUUACAACCAAAAAUAACACCGAAAAUAACUAGUAGUUGCCAUCCUUCGCAACUCGCAACUGGAUGUUUGCAACCUAUUCUAGACCGGGUUUAAUGGUCAACAGCGUUUACAAAACAAAACUUGAGACUUCAAACAUAUAUCGAUUUGUUUUCUAAAUUAGGAAAUGUCAUAUAUGAAAGCUUAAUAUAUUGUUAUUUUUGCUAAGUACCAUUUUUAAAUUAUGCUGUGCAAGUCAUGGUAUAUAGGAAAUUAUAUAAAUAGCAUCUAAAAGUUGACAUUAUAAACGUUCAAGGACAAAUGGCAGAGAUGAAUAGUGAAGGCAGUAUAUAUAACUCAAUAAUUAUCUAUUGUGAAGAAUAUGCAGGAAGAUGGCAAACAUUGUUACAACAUCCUAAUGUUCUUCGACUUAAGGAGCAGUUUGCUCGCAAUCCAUUUUUGCAAGUAGCUGUCACUAUUAUGAUAGCAUCACUAUUGACCCCUGUUCUUCUCUUUAUUAUACUUUCUAUUGCCAGUGCUAUAUUUGCAUUUAUUGGUUUUAUGAUGAUUCAAGUAACGGUAUUGGCAAUUGGUGCAAGUAUCUUAAGCUGCAUUCUUUUCUGCAUUGCAAGUACUUUUGCAAUGAUAGGAUUAUGUACCCUUUCUAUCUAUUAUUCAUUAUAUUAUGCAAGUCAUGCAUUUAAUCUUUUAAGUUCGCAAUGAAGCCAGUAAUAGUCAUGUACAGAAUAUUACAUUCUGAAGCCUAUUUUAUAUGAUCUUUAAAUACUUUCUACAUGAAACCAUAUACAUAAAAUAAAAAACAUAUAUACAUAUAAAGAUAUACGUAAUGUCAGAAAUAAGUGUCACAAAUAAUAUUCAUAUCAUAUAAAGCAGGCUUUAUGAGAAUAAAGAAUUAUAUAUAAUACUUGACUAGUGAUUUAGCACAAAUUAUUUUAUUAUAGAUAAAUCAUGUUUAAUAAACUUUGUUUAAUUACAAUAUA